AUGGAGCUUCAGGUGGAGAACCAGAGUCAUGUGCCCGUGGACUCCAGCACCGUGUUGAUGCCUGCUACUCUCAUCCUGGGGAUGGGGGUAGACAACUUCAUCUCCCUGCUCAUAUUUGGACUGAUCUUCAUCCUGGGUGCGCUCGGGAACGCCACGGUCAUCACGGUGCUGGCGCGCAGCAAACCGGGUCAACCGAGGAGCACGACCAACAUCUUCAUCCUGAACCUGAGCGUGGCUGACCUGUCCUACCUGCUCUUCUGCGUCCCCUUCCAGUCCACCAUCUACAUGCUGCCCACAUGGGUGCUGGGCGCCUUCAUCUGCAAGUUCAUCCACUACUUCUUCACCGUGUCCAUGCUGGUGAGCAUCUUCACGCUGUCCGCGAUGUCCGUGGACCGCUACGUGGCCAUCGUGCACGCCAGGAAGUCGUCGAUCCGGGUGGCGCGGAACGCCAUGCUUGGCGUGGUGCUGAUCUGGACCCUGUCCCUGGUGAUGGCGGCUCCCGUGGCGCACUACCAGAGCAUCGUGGAGCGGGAGGACAACACCACGUUCUGCUGGGAGGUCUGGCCCAACCACCAGAGGAAGGUCUACGUGAUGUGCACCUUCGUGUUCGGAUACCUGCUGCCUCUCGCCCUUAUAUCUGUCUGCUAUGCAAAGGUUUUGAAAUAUCUGCAUAAAAAGCUGACCAACGUCUCCAAGAAAUCCGAGCUCGCCAAAAAGAAGACGGCACAGACAGUCCUGGUGGUGGUGGUGGUCUUCUGUCUGUCCUGGCUGCCCCACCACAUCGUGCACAUGUGGGUGGAGUUCGGCUCCUUCCCCCUGAACCAGGCGUCCUUCGUGUUCAGGAUGGUGGCCCACUGCCUGGCCUACAGCAACUCCUCCGUCAACCCCGUCAUCUAUGCCUUCCUGUCGGAGAACUUCAGGAACUCCUACAGGCAGGUGUUCCGGUGCCGGGCGCCCAGCGAGUGUCCCCUGAACGACACCAGGGACCCCCGCAGCCGGCUGGAGCCGGUGCUGUCCACGAACAUCAGCGUGGCUUACAAAGGUCCCGACUCUCAGAUCGGUAAAAUGCUUUGAUGACGUCUCCAACGAUGCUGAGAGCAGCUCCUGUGGUUUAACAUAAAGUCUGACUGGUUCUUGUGAGGCUGGUGAUGAGAGUCCAUAAUAGAAAUACGUUAUCCCAUAUACUGUUUGCCGAUAUGCUGCUUUGAAUCGGGCCAGUACCUUUAGUUCUCCAUCGUGCCACUGCCAGGAGGUUUCAGGUCCAGGGUUUGGUUUAGUUGCAGAACAAGAGUUUUAUUGUUUUCACCUCCAAAGACCAGGAAGCAGCGACAGACUGUGAACAAAGAUGGACGACGUGUCUCCACUUCCUCCUGCUGCACAAAAUGAAGCUAAAAUAUCCCAGAUAUGAAGCCAUCUUGUUUUAUAGCAUCAUAUCAUCGAUAAUAAACUUACACAGUGAGAUGAGAACCACAUAAAAUGACAGAAACCACCUUUGUGAUAAAGCAGUACACUAACGUGGAGGAGGCCGAUACCACAACCAGCCACCAGGGGGUCAUCAAGAUGAUUUGGCUUCACUUUUGUUAUGUCGUCCAUCUUUAUUUACAGUCUGUGGUAGCAGGGGAACUUUUAUUUCAUCAGCAAUGAAAUUGAAAUUAGACAAUAAAAUUAGUAAAGGAAUCAAACCAGUGCAUAAAAUGUCACAACCUUGUAAUACAAACACAACUGAGUCUCUUUUCCCAUAGAGUUGCCUGGAGAUCAGCCUCUGCCCUGAUAGGCCGGUUUAUUAUCUACAUACAUUAGAUCUAUGCCACAGAACAGCAGCUGCAUGUACAUUAGAGUAAAUAAAGCAGCAUUUAAGUGUUAGAUAACCGUUCUGUCCUCAAGGACAAACGCUGAAGGAUAAAUAAAGAAACAGAGUCUGAGAGUCUCAAUCUUCAUUUAGGUUUCUGUGUCUGUUGUUCACUCCUGUUAGAGUCGUUGUCUGUUGUUCAGUCCUGUUAGAGUCUGUGUCAGUGGGAGGAGCAAAGUGAGGGUUAAAAGCAGAUUAUACUACUUUGAUAAAUAUGAUUUUAAUGGUUCAGUGACUGUGAAUAUGGAGAAUGUUUUCUGUGUCAUUCCUACUCCUCAGUCUGAACGUCUGUUCUUUGUAGAGUCACAGCUUCAACUAUCAGAAUCUAUAGAUUAUAUAGAAUCAGAAUCCUUCAGUUUUAGAGUGAAGCUGAAUUGCAGAUCAGUUAAAAAGACUCAGAAGUUAUUAAAAACCAGAGUUUAUCGCCAAUAUUCAGCAGGAAACUUUGUAAAUAUGAAGAAUUCUAACCAGAGUUUGGUGGAAUUGUUACAGCGGCAGUUCUUCUGGUUCAAGAAGCAGAGGAUCAUGGGUAAUAUCCAGCGUUCAGUUGUGUUUCAGUUAAUGUUCUUAAAUCCUGCCUCCGUUAUGUUAGUGGAUGGGACAGAGAUCGAACUAAACUAUUCUGACUCAAAAUGAUGUCAUUGGUGCAAAAUGGCGGCGUUCGUAUCCUGGAUAUUUUGGCUUCAUUUCUGAAUAGUGGUAAAGAAGAGGAGAUACGACGUCCAUCUUUAUUUUCAGCUUCAGUUGUGUGAGUUUCUCUGCGUGGAAACAGAUGAGUUGUUUGAAUAGGUCGACAAACAGAAUGAAUCAGCACGUGUGGCUGCAGGGGGCGCUGUUGCUCAGUAAUAACUUCGCAGAGUUGCUUUAAAACGAGGCCAUCUUCAGAGUUUGUCCCUUUUCUCUUUAUCAUACCCACGAACAGACACGUGCAUCAUCAAACCCUCUGAUUUCCCCUGAUUCUAUUAAUGGAAACUUUUGAUUCAGUUUAAAGUUCUUGUGUUUUC